AUGAGCAAUAGAAAAUCAAUAGCAACUAACGAAUCUGAUGGCGCAAUCAAUAAAUAUCCAUUUCCAGAAGAUGCAGAAGGUCGUCGACGUAUCAAUAUUCAACGCAUGCAAAAUGUUCUUCUUAUCUGGUUAGACAGUAACAUUGACGAGACAAAUGGUGAUUGCCAAAAUACAAUUAAACAACUGCGACGGGCUAUCAACGACAUCAAUACAUUUACAGAGGGUGAUCAAUGCCUAGAAUUCAUUGAAACAAUCGUUAACAAAAAAGCAUGUAUGAUUAUAUCUGGAUCACUUGGACAACAUAUUGUAUCUCGUGUGCACAUCAUGUCUCAAAUUGAUUCAAUUUUUAUUUUUUGUUAUAACGAAAAAGAUCAUGAGCAAUGGAUUAAAGAAUGGCCUAAAAUAAAGGGUGUCUUCACAGAUAUUACAUCCAUCUGUAAAGCACUCAAAUCGGCAGCUCAUCAAUGUGAGCAAAAUGCCAUUCCAAUGAGUUUUGUGGGAUUAAACAAAAAAUUGGAUCAUUUAGAUCCUUCUUUUAUGUAUACACAACUCAUCAAGGAAAUAUUACUGAGCAUCAAGUUCGAACAAAAAUACAUUCAAGAUUAUAUUAAUUACUGUCGCGAUGUUUUUGGUGACGAUGACGAAGAAAUGGUUCAUAUUAAACAAUUUGAAGAUGAAUACUACGACGAACCACCAAUUUUUUGGUACACCUGUGACAUGUUCCUCUAUCCCAUGCUCAAUCGUGCAUUACGAUUGAUGGAUGGCGAUAUCAUUACAAGAAUGGGCUUCUUCAUCGGUGAUUUGCAUAGAAAUAUCGAACAACUACACCAGGAACAAUAUGUUGAUAAAACUGUUGCUGACACCUUCACUCUUUAUCGUGGGCAAGGUUUAUCUAAUGCGGAUUUUGAACAAAUGAUGAAAGCUAAAGGUGGUCUUGUUUCAUUUAACAACUUCUUAUCUACCAGUGAAAACAUCAAAGUUUCAUUAGGUUUUGCUGAAGAUGCUACAAAAAAUUCAGAUCAAAUAGGAAUUCUUUUUAUCAUGCAUAUUAAUCCUGCUCAAUCAACAACACCCUUUGCUUCUAUUGCUAGUAUCAGCGCUAUGAAAAGAGAAAAGGAAGUUUUAUUUUCGAUGCAUAGCGUGUUUCGUAUCCAGGAUAUUAAACAGAUGGAUGGAAAUGAUCGUUUAUAUCAAGUUAACUUGGAACUGACUGCUGAUAACGAUCCAGAAUUAAGCAGACUUACUGAUUACAUCCGAGAAGAGAGCCUGCCAGGUUCUGAAGGAUGGUAUCGACUGGGAUUAGCACUAUAUAAUAUGGGUCAAUUUAACAAGGCUGAAGAUAUUUAUCAAGUUUUACUUGAUCAAACAGACGAUGACAAACAUACGGCACCUCUUUAUCUUCAACUUGGUUUAAUCAAACGUGCUCAAGGAAAAUAUGAAGAAGCACUUUCUUAUUUUGAAAAAGUCCUUGCAAUUCGACACCAAUCACUUCCUCUCAAUCAUACUGAUUUGGCUGAUUCCUACGAAGUUGUUGGUAAUGUGCAUGACAACAUGGGUAAUUAUCCAACAGCCCUUUCAUCUCAUGAAAAAGCCUUUGAAAUCCGACAACAAAUACUACCUCCCAAUCAUCUUGAUUUGGCUUCUUCCUACAACAACAUUAGUAAUGUGCAUUACAACAUGGGUAAUUAUCCAAAAGCACUAUUAUUUCAAGAAAAAGCCCUUGAAAUCAGUAAACAAUCACUUCCUCCCAAUCAUCCUGAUUUAGCUCUUAUGUACGGCAACAUUGGCACAAUACAUAGCACCAUGGCCUUUGAAAUUCGACAACAAUCACUUCCUCUCAAUCAUCCAGAUUUGGCUAUAUCCUACAACAACAUUGGUUCAAUGCAUAACAGCAUGGCUAAUUAUCCCGAAGCACUAUCAUUUCACGAAAAGGCCCUUGAAAUUCAACAACAAUCACUUCCUUCCAAUCAUCCUGAUUUGGCUACUUUCUACGCAAACAUUGGUGAGGUGUAUGACAGUAUGGAUAAUUAUCCUAAAGCACUUUUAUUUUACGAGAAAGCCCUUGAAAUUCAACAACAAUCACAUUCUCCCAAUCAUCCUAGUUUAACUAUUUCCUAUAACAACAUUGGUAAUGUGUAUUAUAACAUGGGUAGUUAUCCCGAAGCACUUUCUUAUUAUGAGAAAGAUCUUGAAAUCAGUAAACACUCACUUCCUCUCAAUCAUCCUGAUUUGGCUACUUCCUACAGCAAUAUUGGUUCAGUGCAUGACAGUAUGGGCAAAUAUCCCGAAGCUCUUUCAUUUCACGAAAAAGCUCUUGAAAUUCGACAACAAUCACUUUCUUCCAAUCAUUCUGAUUUGGCUACUUCCUACAGCAACAUUGGUUCAGUGCAUUACAGUAUGGGUAAUUAUCCCAAAGCACUUUUAUUUUACGAAAAAGCUCUUGAAAUUCAACAACAAUCACUUCUUGACAAUCAUCCUGAUUUGGCUACUACCUACAACAACAUUGGUUCAGUGCAUAAAUACAUGGGUAAUUACCCCGAAGCACUUUCAUUUCUCGAAAAAGCUCUUGAAAUUCGACAACGAUCACUUCCUCCUAAUCAUCCAUGUUUGCUUGCUUCAUGCGGGAACAUUGGUGUAGUGCAUGACAGCAUGGCUGAUGUCUAUUCACUCCACUAUUCUUUGGACCUAUGGGGGCCAACGGAUCCAGGCGUAUUCUAUCCUGAUCGUCAUAUUACACAACAAUCGCAAUCCACUUUCCUCGGAUUUGGCUUAGGUCCACGCCAAUGUAUUGGCAUGCGUUUUGCUAUAUCAAUUAUUAAAUUAACAUUGAUACGUUUACUGAAAGAGUAUACGGUGGUACAUAGUAACAAAUUAGAAGAAAAUUGGUGUUUACAAGAUAAACGUGUUAUAACUCCCUAA